AUGCCUGUUUUAGAAAAAGACAUGCAGAAGAAGGAGAAAGAUUCACGCAGUAAAGAUGAGCCAGCAGUGCCUAAACUUCCAGUCCCACCACUACAACAGACCUUACAGAUGUACCUACGGUGCAUGAAACACUUGGUGCCAGAAGAGCAAUUUAGAAAGACCAAGAGUGUUGUGGAGCAGUUUGGAGUUGCAGGAGGCCUUGGGGAAUCCUUGCAGCUAAUCCUCGAGGAAAGAAGGGAAAAGACAACAAACUGGGUGUUUAACUACUGGCUGGAUGACAUGUACCUCAACAACCGGUUGGCUCUUCCAGUCAACUCCAGCCCAGCAAUUAUCUUUGCUCGUCAGAAUUUCAAAGAUGUAAAUGACCAGCUAAGGUUUGCUGCCAAUCUUAUUUCGGGUGUGCAAGACUAUAAAGCUUUACUAGACAGCCAUGCUUUACCUGUUGAUUUUGCUCGUGGACAGCUGUCUGGUCAGCCUCUCUGUAUGAAGCAAUACUAUGGACUCUUUUCUUCCUAUCGUCUUCCAGGACAUACCAAAGACACCCUUGUGGCCCAGAAAAGCUGUGUAAUGCCAGAACCAGAGCACAUCAUUGUUGCUUGUAACAAUCAGUUUUUUGUUUUGGAUGUUGUCAUUAACUUCCGUCGUCUCAGUGAGGGAGAUCUUUUCACUCAGUUACGAAAGAUAGCCAAAAUGGCAGAGAAUGAAGAGGAAAUGCUGCCUCCAAUCGGCUUGCUGACGACUGAUGGAAGAACAGAGUGGGCAGAGGCCAGGACGAUCCUUAUGAAAGACUCCACUAAUCGCGACUCUCUUGACAUGAUUGAACGAUGUAUUUGCCUGGUGUGCCUGGACAGCCCAAGCGGGGUGGAACUCAACGACACAAACAUGGCGUUGCAACUGCUACAUGGAGGAGGCUACCAUAAAAAUGGUGCCAAUCGUUGGUACGACAAACCUAUGCAGUUUGUGGUAGGAAGAGAUGGAGUCUGUGGCACCGUGUGUGAACAUUCCCCUUUUGAUGGCAUCGUACUGGUGCAGUGCACAGAACACCUGCUCAAGCACAUGAAAGAAAGCACCAAGAAAUUACUCCGAGCCGAUUCAGUAAGUGAGCUUCCUGCUCCACGGAGAUUAAGAUGGAAAUGCUCCCCUGAAAUUCAGGCACACUUGGCAUCAUCAGCAGAAAAACUCCAAAGGAUAGUAAAAAAUCUGGACUUUAUUGCCUACAAAUUUGUGAAUUAUGGAAAGGAGUUUAUUAAGAAACAGAAGACGAGCCCAGAUGCCUACAUUCAAGUAGCACUGCAGCUGGCAUUUUACAGGUGCCACAGGAGGCUUGUCCCUACUUAUGAAAGUGCUUCCAUACGCCGAUUUGAUGAGGGCAGAGUUGAUAAUAUUAGGUCUGCUACGUCAGAAGCAUUUGCUUUUGUGAAAGCAAUGAUUGAUGACAAGCCAGCUCUGUCGGAUUCUGAGAAGAUGCAGAGAUUUAAGGAUGCAAUUGCGGCUCAAACUAAUUACACUAUUUUGGCUAUUACUGGAAUGGCAAUAGACAAUCACCUACUAGGGCUGAGAGAGGUGGCACGAGAACACUUCAAGGAACUGCCAGAGAUCUUUACAGAUGAGACGUAUUUGACAAGCAACAGGUUCAUCCUCUCAACCAGCCAGGUUCCAACAACUAUGGAAAUGUUCUGCUGCUACGGGCCUGUGGUGCCUGAUGGCUAUGGGGCAUGCUAUAAUCCUCAGCCAGAGCAUAUAUUAUUCUGCAUCUCAAGCUUUAAAGACUGUAAAGAAACAUCUUCAGAUAGGCUUGCAAAAGCUGUGGAAGAAAGUCUCCUAGAAAUUAGAGAUCUGUGCAACAAAUGCAGCUCUACAGCAGCAAAGUCACUUGCUAAACAAGAGGAAGCCACACAGUUGCAGAGUGACCGCAAACUCUGA